AUGCCGUCCUUCGACUCCGACAAAUGGAUAGGGCAACUUAUGCAAUGCCAGCAUCUUGCUGAAUCGGACAUGAAGGCCCUCUGCGAGCGAGUGCGCUCGAUACUAAUGGAAGAGUCCAAUAUCCAGCCUGUCUCGAGUCCUGUUACUAUCUGCGGCGACAUACACGGGCAGUUUUGGGAUUUACUGGAACUGUUACGAAAGGGGGGAGAGAUUCCGCAGACGAGCUACAUCUUCAUGGGUGACUUUGUCGACCGAGGACACUACAGCCUGGAGACAGUCUCGUUGUUGUUGGUAUUGAAAGCAAAAUACCCCGACAGGGUAACUCUGUUGCGGGGGAACCACGAAAGCAGACAAAUCACGCAGGUAUAUGGGUUUUAUGAUGAGUGUCAACAGAAAUACGGCAGUGCGCUCGUGUGGAAAGCGUGUUGUAGCGUUUUUGAUUAUUUAAACCUUGCCGCGAUCAUUGACGGGGAGACGCUUUGUGUACAUGGUGGACUGUCGCCAGAUAUUCGGACUUUGGAUCAAAUCCGUGUGCUAUCGCGUGCUCAGGAGAUUCCUCACGAAGGCGCAUUUUGUGACCUCAUGUGGUCUGAUCCAGAUGAGAUAGAGAAUUGGGCCAUUAGCCCUCGUGGUGCAGGCUGGUUGUUCGGCGGGAACGUUACUCAAGAGUUCAAUCAUGUCAAUUCACUGCAACUCAUUGCACGGGCCCACCAACUAGUCCAGGAGGGAUAUAAAUACAUGUUUGACGAACAGCUGGUUACUGUCUGGUCCGCUCCCAACUAUUGCUAUCGGUGUGGCAAUAUGGCCUCUAUCCUGACGAUUCGUGAAGACGGCGGCAGGGAUUUCACGGUCUACGAUGCUGCGGAAGAGAACGAGCGAGAUCAGGGGAUGCAGAAGCAGCGUAAGAUGGGUGCCAUGUCCUCUUAUUUCGUGUAG